UUGCAGAUUUCUAUGCGUCACGCGUACAAACGAGGAAAUCAGUGGUCAUGAAGUCAAACUAAUAUGAUCUGUUUAGAUUUCAUUUUGCUCUAAAUAUUGUCAAAAUAUGGCGAUACAAGCAAACCACCGGCAUCGAGAGGAAUGUCAUCUGAUAUAACAACCUGCCUGAAUAAAAAUUAUCACGGACUCGCCUUUAAAUUACAUACGCUUUGUGUUCAUUCAGUCUGUAAUUCAGUUUUUAUUGAGACCAUGGCUGUCAUUCGCUGCUUUUGCAGCGUUAUUGCUGUUAUGAUAAUUACCGAUUCGCACGCUGGUCUUAUAGAUCGACAUGUUAGAGCCAUUGUCGAAGACGACUUUAACAGUUACGAUGACAUCCUUGACGCCAUUCAUAAAAGCAAAUAUGGCUUUCAAAGAAACAGUGACGAACUUUACAGUGACGACAAUGACCUUCACAGAAGCAUCGAUGAUAUGUAUGGUGACGAUUACGGCGUUUUUUAUUACGAUGGUGAUGGCAUCAACCGUUACGAUCCUCGAAGUGAAAGCGAUAAUUUGAUUGACAAUGACUACUUUUACGCUGGUGAUGACGACUUUAAAAAUAAACGUGGCAUUACUAAUAACGAUGUUGGCGUAUACGAUGGCAUGUACCGUAGUAGAGGUCGUCGUACUAAAGGCAAAGUUGAUAAAGCAAAGAUACAUGACAUCAUUGAUCUUCUGCACCAGUACAAUCCUAUAAUGAAUCCUAUAAUAAAGUUGUAUUCUAUGAAGGGGCGCAAGAGACGGAUUUCCUGGAGAAAGUGGAUUGGCUGGUCAGGCAUGGACAACGAUAGUAUUAAUGGUAACGGAUAAUAAAUGAAAAUACUGUA